AUGGCUAUCCGACUUGUAACGUUUGACGCACUGCACACGAUCAUUACUCCCCGUCUCCCCAUCUACGUCCAGUACUCACAGACGUUCGAGCCAUACCUGGGUGUGCUCGAUCCUGACGCGCUCAAACGCUCUUUCAACACCGCUCUCAAGCAGGUGCAGCACGAACAACCCGUGUAUCGUGGCGGAGCAGAAGAGUGGUGGGGAGAUGUGAUCAGGAGAACCGCGAUAGGUGCGGGGGCGGACGCGCAAGCGGUCGAUGGUUCUGUUGGCGAGAUCGUCCCGCGGCUGCUAAAGCGCUUCAGCUCAAGGGAGGGGUACAAGCUCUUCGAUGAUACACUUCCCACAUUUCAGCGGCUUAGACAGCUCAACGUCCGCAUCGGAGUCAUCAGCAACACAGAUGCGCGAAUGAGAGCUGUGAUUGAAGACCUCGGCGUCAUGCAUUUCCUCGACACCCUGCUUCUAAGCGAAGAGGAGGGCAUCGAGAAGCCCUCGUGCGAGAUAUUCCAACGCGCUUGCGAGCGUCUAAGUGCCAAGCCUGAGGAAACGAUGCAUGUCGGGGACGAGCUAGACUGUGACUACCAGGGCGCGAAGGCAUGCGGGCUGCAGGCCCUGCUUGUGCGAAGGCCUGGGCCGGAAGGCGAAGAGGAGCGAAAGGAAGCCGAAGAGAUUUUGACUGGCGUCCAGGUUAUCCCGGGCUUGCUUUCCGUGUUGGACCGGGUGCAAGGUCAUGCGACACGGUGA